GCACGCAUGUCUCUUUGCCUGCUUGUCAGCAUGUUCAGGCCACCAUCUGUGAUUCGAUUUAUCGUGAGUGAUCCUGAUCGACAAUACGACCGUGUGUGGGGUCCUGAAUUGACUUGAGAUAUGCAAAGUGAUCAAACAGUAAUACAGCCUUACACAAUGGAAGAGGCUACAACCCCACAGGCGCUUCAGCAAGGAGACACUAUUGCAUUUGUGUCACCCUCCGGAAGACUCAAUGACAUCUGGCCGUCCGCACUCGAACGCGCAACAAAAUAUAUCGAAACGCUUGGUUUCCGCGUGGAAGUUAUAUUCACCAGCCCUCUAUCUGAAGACCACGCAACCCAGAUCGCACAACGCUGCAACGAGCUACACCAAGCAUUCAGCAGUCCGCACAUCAAAGCCAUAAUUUGCACCUCAGGCGGAAACACUUCUAGUGAACUAUUGCAGCACCUAGAUUACGACCUGAUUCGCGCCAAUCCAAAGAUAUUCUGUGGCUACUCCGACAUCACCAAUCUCCACGGCGCACUGUAUUCACAGGCUCAAUUGCGAACCUUCUACGGCCCAACCGCGUUACUAGAAUUAGCAGAGUUCCCGAAGCCAAUAGACUUCACGACUUCCCACUUCCUCCACGUCCUCUCCAGCAGCGCCAACACUCCCAUCGGCGCAUUCCCGCGCUCCGAGCAAUGGGCUCCAGAGCUUUCAGCCUUCAUAACAGGCGCAGACAAGGCGGCUGAGAUCCCGCGAAGUCUCAUCGCGUCACCGACUUGGAAAUGGUUCCGCGAGGGUAGUGCGACGGGGCCGAUUUUGGGAGGCGUGUUGACGGCUUUUCUGAGUCUGGCAGGAAGCAAGUAUUUUCCGCCGUUGAAGGGCGCGAUUCUUUUGCUCGAGUCGUCGUUUGGUGCGGUUAUGGGGUCGCCGGCGCCGAUACAGAAGACGCGGGAACAGCUUGUUCAAUUGGCCAAUAUGGGUGUGUUUGAGCAGGUGAAGGGUGUGGUGUUCGGGAGGUUGGUAGGGGCGAAUUUGGAAGGGGUGCAGGAAGAGUUCGAGAAGGUGUUGGGUGGAGUGCUUGAUGUCAGCGGGUUUCAAGGGCCGGUGUUGUUGAAUGUCGAUGUUGGGCAUACAGACCCCAUUUUGACGAUUCCGUUGGGGGGUCUAGUAAGGCUUGAUUCGACUAAGGGAGAGUUCGUUGGAUUGGAACCUGGUGUUGUCAGCAAACAGGUCUUUGACGAGUAUACGACGGCCACUACGCCCUUUCAAGAGAUCGAAGUCUUGUCAGUAGUAGGAACUUGAAGCCACUCACAAAGUGUUCUUCCAUGGCCUUGGGGAAAUGGUCACACAGAUUCACAUGGCUACCAGCUGGCCGACAAGAAUCGAUGAGGCAAUUUCACGGUAUAAGAUGUCCUAGAGUCGCAUGAGAAAGUUUGGAAGCAAGGUGUUCAGUAUCAUUUGCACUGGAUUGAAUCCCAAAGAUCUAUUAAUAUUCUAGGUCGCCUCCUUGGUUGUCUAUUUAACUUUUAUAACCG